AUGGCCAGCAGUGCCAGACGGAAAGUCGCCGCCAGGUUACGUGUUACCGUGGCCAUCGCGUUCUUCCUUGGAACUCAACUUGCAACAAAUGUGCAAGCGAGCGAAGAUGAAUUACCGGUCGUCAGUUACAUCAAUCGGGAAGCAUCAGGAAAGAAAAUUUUGCCCGAUUUCACAUCGAUCCAGCUCGGCGAAAGUGUUCCCGAACAGUUUCGGACAGCGGCAAACAGAUUCGCACGACUGUGGAAGGAACAUGUGACCGGAAUCAAAGGAUACGACGCGGUUAAAGAUGUCCCAUUUACACUAAUAGUACCGGAUAAAAUAGACGAGACAGUUUUCAGUGGAAAUGAACCAAAAAUACGGGAAUUCCUGCUUGAGCACGUUGUCCCAGGUGCACUGGUGGAGGUGAAAGAUCAAAAUACUUAUCUCAAUCUAAACCAGCAUCCUGUUCAUGUGAAUCUGUCCUGCUUCGACAUGCUGAUGGCGUAUGAAAUUAACCAAAGCGCUAAGGUACUCACCAAGCGCAACAUUACCGAGCAUCUCAGUUUGGUGUUCAUAGUCGGAAACUUGACGGAAUCGGACGUUCAAGGUUCAUCCUUAAAUAAAUUCAACAAACGAAACAUCCAAGAAACAAACCGUUACAAUGAACCACAGAGGUUGGAAAUGAAAAAUGCCACUAAGGAACUUGCAUCAAGCAAAGAGAACAAAAUUGGACAACAUUUAAUGAAUUUCCUGGCUGGCAUGAAAUCGGGAACCAAGGUCUUCCAGCAUUUUCUCUCUAGUUCCAACCUGAGCAACCUGAUGGACGACAGCUCGUACAUGGUUUUCAUACCAUCGGAUACUGCCUUCCAACGGUGGCACCCCAUCGACUGGGGUUUCUAUCCGUUCAGUGUGCAAGAGUUUACCGAAAUGGUGCUACGCAAUCACUUCGUUCGCACCAAGCAACCAUUGCGCAUGGCGGAUCUUCGAGUGAUUCACGGUGAUCAACGAUACAAAACCCUUGGUGGAGAGUAUAUUGUACUUAAGAACAAACCUUCUCCCAAUGUGAACAAUGUUACCAUAUUAUCCGAUUAUACCCUAUCGAAUGGUAUCGAAGUUUUCAUACUAUCUGAAGUGCUUUUCGUUUCGGAGGCGGUAGUGUCACGCUUGCAUCAGAUGCAUAAGGAUAAAGAAACACCGCCCCUGUUAGCUUUCCCGUGGUUUGGUGCCCAGUUUCUUUCCCACUCAUUCCUAGCUCUGGAGCGGGACACACGGUUCACACAAAUCACCCGAUUUCUCAAUACGGCCGAAAUUGCACAGUUUAUUUCUGGCUCAAAUUACACCUUCUUCGUACCAACUGAUGAGGCGUUUGAACGCUACAGUUUGGAUUUGCUACCGGACACUGUGCUCGCCUCCGAAAAGGGCAUCAAAAUGCUGCUGAACCAUUUCAUUCGGGGCAGAUUGUAUGAUCGCGAUCUAAAAGAUGGAGAGCUGAUUGACACGAUUGGUGGUAUGCCUGUAAAAAUUCAACGAUCGUUUGAAAACACUGUUCGGGUUAAUACUGCCCGCAUUGUGGAGUCGGAAGUGUUUGUCUACAAUCUAGGCACAAUGUUCUACAUCGACGAUGUACUCUAUCCCGAUUUACUAAAGGAUGAAGUUAAGGCAGUUACAGAUAUGAAGAACAUGGAUAAAAAUGUUCCGGAAAGUAUCGGGGGAAGCGAUGCUUAUACAACCGAACAAAACCCCCCAGUGACCGAUCGACCGACAACAACCACAUUUCGAUCGCUGUACGGUCUGCUCACGACCAAUGCCGACGUUGAGCUUGUGCCGUUGGAAGUUACCGAAUCGAGCAAGCGCAACAGUGACGAGGACAGUUCUCAGUUUCAGGAUGAUGAAAUCAUUACACCUAAAGCGCUUCCCUUGAGAUACUUCUACAACCUGAGGAAGUAG